AUGGAGAACGUUAACACGGAGAUCGCCAACAUGGAAACCCCCGACAAGAAAGUAUGUUCUAGUACUCCGGAUGUCACUCCAUACCAAGACCCACUGGUCGUGUUCAUCGCGCGGCGCGCGCCAAUCAUCACAGACGCCAGCCUCGAAGAGCAAAAGACCUGGCUCAACCCCGCCUUUCGCGACCUGAAAGAGAAUUUCGAGUACAAGUACGGCGAGAUAACCAACCGUCCCUACGCCAUCUGCCCAAUGAUCCACGUCUCCUUCGAGCCGAUCGACCCCGAUAGCGACUCAUUCAAAUCCAUGAGGGAUGUCCUUCUGUGGGGACGGGGCUUGCAGUGCGAGGUAAUCCUAGUCACGAACCAUUGGGAUGCUAUUACCUCCCAUGAGGAAAGCUUCGUCAAUAUCUUCCGCGACUUCAGGGAUGUCCCGGUGCGGCUGCGCGUCUGGGGCAUAUGCGAUCCUCACGAGCCGCCUAUUUUCCAUGAGUUUGAUGUGCAUCGACUGUGCGAUCAUUUUCGGGGACUUAUUAAGCUUGACCAGGACCCUGCUUACCGGGUUUACAUGAGGAUGGUUCCGGAAGUGAAGGAGACUAGGCUCACUUUGGUGAGGGGCGUUCAAAUGAUGGAGGAACUGAUCGGCCAGCGGCAGGAGCAGAUGAGGGUGAAUAUCAUGCGACAUCUCUGA